AAAAAAAAAAAAGAAAAGAAAAGAAAAAGAAACCUGUAAGACUCACCAAAUAUAAAGAGCAAGACUCCAUCUCAAGAAAAAGAAAAAGAAAAAAGAAAAGAAAAGAAAAAUAAACCUGUAAGACUCACCAAAUAUAAGUUCAGGCACUCCCAGCAGCAAUUCAUUAUAAGAUGAGAUUGGUAUAUUCAGAAUCAGCACAGGCAGAUUCUCAGUGAAAAGGCAAGCUGAAAACCCCUAUGCCAACCAGAGAACACAGGCAAGCUUCAGAAAUGAUACUAAUGAUACUAUCCAGCUGUUUCACUGGCACUUUUCCCUCGGCUCAUGUCUAUGGCUGUUUAAGAUACUUCCUAAUACCUGCUGAUAAACGAGGAAUAAAGUUUAGUUGGUUCUUAGAAAGGUCUGUUUUGGAUGUAGAUGAAAGCUCUAAUUGGAUAAUAGUUAUACUACAGCACCACUAACUGAGCUUCAUAAGACAAUAAAAGUAACCCACAUUUAAAACAUAUACGAACUCCUGGGCAGUGGGUAACAUGUGUCUCUGUCUCUGCCACUGGAAUGAAAGCUCCAUGAAGCCAUGAACUCAGAGGUGUUUAUCUGUUUUACUCGAUGAUGUAUUCUCGGUGGUUAGAACUGUGGCCGUAGCAUAACAUAUAUUCAAACAGUCUUAUAGAAUGAAUCAAUAUAUGAAUGAACAUAUAUGGAGGAAUAGUCAUAAAGACGUUAGUAACAGAAAAUGAACAAAGGCACAAAUAGUUAACCCAUAACAAGGCAUAUAUAGUCAGCGUAUCCAAAGUUGUCUAAACACAAUGAAAAUCCAAGAAAUCUAAAGUGAAACAAUGCAACAGCCUAUCAGAUUAACAAUGUGUCUAUAAUUACUUGAACUCAGGAGUUCGAGGUUACAGUGAGUUAUGAUCACACCUCUACAUCAGCCUGGGUAACAGAACAGACCCUGUGUCAAAAAAUAAAAAUAAAAAAACUGCCCACUUAAGAUUAAAAUGAUAAUCUGGUAUGGGUGUAGGAAAUUCUAAAUUUCGGAAGUGUAAAGUUGUAACGUUUCUGGAGAGAAUGAAGACUUGCUUUUAUUAACUACUUCAUACAUGAGGAUAUGAAUUUUGUAAAAGAUGCACAUUUUCUACGUCUAUUUUGGAUUUGUGGAGCAUCACAUUUAUUGAGUAUCUCAACCCUUAAAGAUACUCUUUUGUUGUUCAUGGGCCAAGGGGAGAGGGCAAAAGGAGACUAAAUGCCAUGAAGGAAUAACGUCAGCCUACACGGAGGUUGAGCCAAGAUGAUGUCCUUUAAAAUGGGAAGUAAUGAAUUUACUAGGGAAAUAUGCAGAGGGUUAAACUGACAGAACUUAAUUAUAAUUAUAUAGAAAACACUGAAUAAAUCUAUAGUUUGGGAAAAACAUUCAGAUACAAAUUUUAUACAUCUUCAAGUUUUGAUACUCUAAAAUAUUUCAGCAUUCGAUCCCACCAAAUCUGUUAGACCCAUACUGAGAGAAUUAGCCCAGACAUAGAAGGUAAAGGAAAGAGAAGCUUCUGAAGCUACUUGAUGGCUCUUGGGUAGAACUGAGGGGUCUGGAGCCCUGGAUGGGGGUGGGGAACAGUUUUGAGGUUGCCACCUUUUAUACAGUGAAGAGGCUAGGCAGUCGUUGACCACCUUCUCUCUCCUUUCUACAGCCUCCUCUAGACUUUGAUUUCCUUUCUUCAAGGUCAGUUUUGUGAACUGAUUUUUUGGGAGGAUGGGGGGAUGGAGAAUGCUUUUGUGAAGGAACCUGGUGACAACCUGCUGCGGCAACUGUUCUCUGUUGACUACAGAUGUACUGGGAGAUGCUACAGCAGAAUCGGGCUUUCUGAUAUCAAUGGCAAUAAUUUGAUUCUAGAGGUCAAGGGGUUGCAGUUGCCACAAUAAGCCAAAGGGAAUGAUUAGUAAUCAGAGUUUUCAUCCACAGAAAUCUGUGACAAUGAUUAGCUGGUUUUGAAGUUUUGGGAAAUGAAAAAAGAAAAGAAAAGAAAAGAAAACAGAAAGGAUGUUUCACUAAGGAGCUGCUUGAUAUGCUAAGGAAAAUUCCAUGGAUGUUGGCCAGAAACUUAAUCCAUAUUUUCAGAGAGGAGUUUCAUUGUGUCUCACCCAAUCCCCAGACUUCAAACUGGCAAAACUCUUCCCAGACCAGGAACCACUCAACUGGGGAGGAGAUAGGCUGGGUCUCUUGGUGAAAGACAUUGUAACGUGGCCACAGGUGUAAUUAUGAUAUUUAUCUCCCAACACCUAAACCGGAGGAAACUUCAGCCAUUUUCUUGAAUGACUAUAUACUGGGAAAAAGCUGAGAACCUGUGAUGGUUACUGGCUUGUAUUUACAAACAGAAAUAACAAGUAUUUCUUUGUUGCCUUGCCCAGGUGUGUGUCCGCUCUCCUGAUCUCUGUUAUAAGAUGGCCCAGAGGGAACUAAAUCAUCUUGAUAAAGCUCCCAACAUGUUAUACCUCAGAACUGGUUGCACACAAUAGAUUCAUUUACAUUGAUGCUAUCAUGCUAACUGUUCCUGGUGAAAAGUAAGCAGUAAACAUACUACAUAUUUUUAUAAGACAUAUGUUCACCACCAUGAACUUGAUCCAACUUGACCACUUUGACCCAAUGAACCCUAGAUUUAGAAGUGCACAGAAGCAUUUUAUCACAAACAUAACUGUGGCAUUUUGGAGGCAAGGCCUGAACAGUUCCAAAGAAGCAGAGUAAACUGCAUGAGCAGAUGGCUCAGACUCCCAUGCCACAUGUUUGCAUUCCUUUGCCAUCUCCACCUCAACCAUACCUAUGGCCCAGGUUGGGGGUGGAACAGAGGGUUCUGUACGAUCUUACACGGAAGUAGUUGAAAAAAAUAGGUUUAUCAGUGGAUACGUAAAAUACGGCAGCUGGAAUAGAUGCCACACUACAGUCCCAUUCAGGAGAAGACUGUGAAAGACAGAAAUGAAGGUAAGUGUUCUCACUGAACAGAAGUUUGGAUGAUAUGUCUGGUUGUGCACCUGACAGGAGGGAUAAGCUCUCAGAGAAAUACAUCUAAAUUGUCUCAUCAGAAACUAAUAGGUGAGAUGGCUUGUCAGAAACUCAAAAAGAACAAAAUAGAAAAACUAAUGAGAAGCUAAGAGGUACAUAUAGAAAUCACACAGAAUGGACAUGGAGUGUGUAAAUAUGCAUUCCCACGUAAAUACUCACAAGUGACGUCCAGUGUUGAAGAGGAUCCUCAAUAAUCAGGUGAACACAACAUGUGCUGUGGGAAACAGCCUCUUUCCCCGGAUACUCUGGUAUUUAAUGAAUGGAUUGAUAUUGAGUGGCCAUGUAGCAGAAACAGAACCAUUAGCGUGUGUGUGUGUGAGUGUGUGUGUGUUAAGUAAAAUAUAUAUAAAAUAAGGAAUGUGAUUAUGGAGGCUGGUAAGUCAAAAUUCUGCAAGUGGCCAUGGACAGACUGGGUACCUAGGAAGGCUCAAUUCAAGUGAAAGUCCACUGUCUGUAGAAUCAGGAGGAGCCGCAGAUAAAGUCUGAAGGCCAUUGCUGGAGAAUUCUCUCUCACUCAGGGAAGAUAAGUCUUUUUGUUCUAUUCAAGGCUCCAACUGACUCAAUAAGGCCCAGUCACAUUACAGAGGAGGCAAAUCUGUCUUACUCAAAGGUCGCUGAUUUAAAUAUGAAUCCCUCACAAAAAUAAGCAGAGUGAUGUUUGAUCAAGUAUCUGGACUCUGACUCAGCCAGGUUGACAGAAAAUAAACGGCCACACCUACUGAAGGAAAAUCUGUCAGGCAUUUUCUGAAAAACAAACAAACAAACAAAAAAGUUUAAAGAGUUAAAUUCUUUCCAAGUGACCCCUAUUGUCACUGACUUGAGACUUGCUGAUCUUUUAUUUUCCUGUUUUGUGGCAUCUAACCAUUGUUAUUUGGACCCUACUAGUCAAAAAUUAGUCAGACCUUAAAGCCCACAGACUAAAUAUAUGGCUCUGGGCAGAAGCUUUUAGCCUUCUUAAAUCUCAAUACUUUGAUUUAUAAUAAGAAAAAUCUACCUAAUGAUGCUUUUACGUGACUGUUAAAUUAAAUUUACUACUUUUUAAUCUAUGUCCCAAUUAGCAAAAUGGCUAUUUUAACUUUUUUAAUUAGAAUUUUCAUUUACCUAGACAUUUGUUUUGUUUGUUUAGAGAUUAUUUGUUUUAUUUUAUUUUUUCUCUUACUUUAUUAUAAAAGACAUGAAGAAAGGAAGUAGGUCUAUCUUGUUCUCUAUUAUGUUUCUAAUACACCGCACACAAGUGGCAGGAACAAAGUCCAUUUGUUGAAAACAGUAGAACACACUAGCUACUUUUACCUUGAAAUUCAAAGAAUUGCAGCCAGAUAUUAACAAGCUUAUAUCCAUUUUCAUUUACCAACACAUCCUGUGUGGUUUUAGACAUCUGUGUCUGAGUAAAUUUUGACUAUUUUUGGCCUUCCUUUUAGUUUUCUUUUGGUACUUUGUGCCUAAGAGACAUAUCCAAGGUUGAGAUUAGUGUCCAUUUUCUUUGUACUAUUCUCUGGAUAAUAACACAUUAAACAUUUGAAGAGAUGGAGAAUGAAGAUGGAUAUAUGAUGUUGAGUUUCAAGAAUCGUAAAUCGAAGCAGAAAUCUAAAGAUUUCUCCCUAUAUCCACAAUAUUAUUGUCUUCUGCUCAUAUUUGGAUGCAUUGGGAUCCUUAUUUUCAUUAUGACAGUGAUUGGCCUGAAGUUCUGGCAUAAAAAAAUGGAUUUCUCCCAGAAUGUAAAUAUCAGCAGUCUAUCAGGACACAAUUAUUUGUGCCCAAAUGACUGGCUGCUGAACCAAGGGAAAUGUUACUGGUUUUCAACUUCUUUUAAAACGUGGAAACAGAGUCAACGUGAUUGUACACAGCUACAGGCACAUUUACUGGUGAUUCAAAAUGUGGAUGAGCUGGAGUUCAUACAGAACAGUUUAAAACCUGGACAUUUUGGUUGGAUUGGACUAUAUGUUACAUUCCGAAACCUAUGGAUGUGGAUAGAUGAACACUUUUUAGUUCCAGAAUUGUUUUCAGUGAUUGGACCAACUGAUGACAGGAGCUGUGCUGUUAUCACAGGGAAGUGGGUGUAUUCUGAAGACUGUAGUUCCACAUUUAAGGGAAUUUGCCAGAGAGAUGCGAUCUUGACGCGCAACAGAACCAAUGUUGUGUAAAUGUACAACAAAAUGUAGAAAUACUUUGCACGUUAAAGCAGAGCCAGAUUUUAAAGACUUGGGUUUUUUAGGUAAAGUUUGUAACAGAAAGUUUCUGCUAACAGACAUCAUCUAAAUAGGAGAAAAGUAUUUUAUCCUAAAUCGAUCACAAAGACAACUUCUGAACAGAACUUUUACUCCAUACUUGGAUUUCUGGUUUGUCUUUUCCAUGGCAUUGAUAAUGAAAGCUAAAUAAAAAGUAAUUAUUUUAAUAGUUAUUUAAUAGUUUGAUAUCUUUUGCAAUUAAAAUAGCAUAGAAUAAAACAAAUUUAAAGGAAUGUUAUUUAGCUAUAUGUACUAUGCGGUAGAUUGGAAAGAAAGAAGCAGUAUAUGUACAGAUAUAAUAUUUGAAGCAUGGAAUUCUGAAUUUUUCAUUUGUGUAUCACAGCCUGAAGUGUUUGGUGGGGAGUGGGUAAUGAGAAAUUACCUAAUAGGUAUAAUGUACAAUAUUUAGGGGAUGGAUAAACUAAUAGCUCAGACUUCUCCACUCUGAUUCAUGUAACAAAAUUAUACUUGUACCGUUUAAACAUAUACAAAUAAAAAAAAAA